AAAGUAAAAAAAAAUAGUAAAAAAUUAUAGCUCUGAUAAGUAUUUUAUAUUUUUUUCAUGCAAAGCGCCUAGCCUUUAAAUAGACUUAAUCUGCAACCCACUGCCUACAGUUGAAUUUUGUGUUUUACAAUUACAGUUGAAAUCAUAUAUCAGCAUUAUAUAAAUAAAAAUAAAAUCAGUUCAAAUAUUAUUGUGAUUUUCACAAGUCUUCAGAUUUUGAAAAAAUGACCUCUACAAAAAAUGUUCUACUUCUGUCUUUAUUUAUCAUUGCCCUGAUAAAGGAUAGUUUGUGUGUGUUACCAGCACAAAAAAAAACAUCAGUUAUCCAUGUUGAUUUAGAUGACGAUAACUUGGGGCCAAUCGAAAAAUAUAAAUCUGAAAAUCCACCAUAUGUACCUUCAAUAUUGGUAGAAUGCUUCCGAGAAUUAGAUAGUAGAGUACAAUCCAAGGAACAGACUGAACAACUGUAUUUAGUAGGCGGUGGUAUAGAAUCUGCUAAAGAAUUGAUGGAAAAAUUGCUUGAUGAAAAUACUAAUGUGGAUCUAUCGUUAUAUUCAGUACAAGUUAUUGCCAAAACUGUCCUAUACUUUCUAAGUAAUCUGGAAGAGUCUAUUAUUCCUCCGAAUUCGAUGUAUGUAUUGUCAGCUGCUGUAGAACACUCAAAAGCAUUAGAUAAAGAAAAAAAACUUAAAAUUUUCAUUGACAACCUUCCAGAAAUACGACGAAAUACACUUGCAUUGAUAAUUAUUCAUUUAAAACAAAUUGCAAAAAAAAGUAAUUACGAUCUGACAGUAGUGAGAAAUAUUGGAACGAUAUUUGGACCAACUUUGAUUCAAAUCAAUGAUAAUAGAAUACCAGGCAAAGAGCAUUUGAAAAGCUAUAAUGAUUCUUUGCACAAAAUUAUUUCGGGAUUUUUAGAUCUUCCAUUCAAGUACUGGAAUUCCAUUGUCGAUUAUGAAACCGUUACUGCCUAUAAACCGUUUUUACGGAAAAAAAAUGAUGUAGAGUCCUCUAUGGAGAGUGCUUCAGGUAGUGCGUCUUCAGAAAGUGCGUCUUCAGAACAGAUGGCAAUGAAAGAGAGAAGAAGGGGUAGAAUAUUUUAAUUUUGAAGAUAUUUCUGCGAUGAAUUAAUCAAUGUAAUAUAUCCAAAAAUAAAUGACAAGAAAAUAAAAGAUUUAACAAGUGA